GUUGCAAGACGGGAAAAUUUCAGCAUCGGGGAUUCCCACCACGUCUAUGGGAAAUUCGGCAUCUGAUGAAGCGACCUAUCGGAUAUAAAAACGCGGCAGAAGGCAUCUCGUACAUCCUCAGUUCGGCUUGGAAAGUGCAGAGCAAGUCUCCCCACGAAACUGCCACUAUGUUCAGGCUCAUUGUAGCUUCGCUUCUCGUCGUCUCCUCCUUCGGGAGGGUGGUGAGGAAGCCCAUGUUGGACGGGAGGAUCGUCGGAGGAGAAGCAGCGGAGGAGGGAGAAAUCCCUUGGCAGGUCUCACUGGAGUACUUUGGCAGCCACGUUUGCGGAGGAUUUAUCCUCGAUGAGAUGAACGUCAUCACCGCAGCCCAUUGCUGCGAUGCUGUCUCCUCCUUCACCGUCAUUGCAGGAGAACACGAUCGAUCCCAGACGAGUGGGAAUGAGGUUGAGGUUGACGUGGCGAGAAUGGUCCCCCAUGAAGAUUACGAUGGUUCAUGAUUUCCGAUACAGGUUCGACCUCACUGCAGACAUCUGUCUUCUCCACCUGGAAUCCGCCUUGAGCUUUACUAACUUCAUCGAUGCUGCAGCGAUGCCCGAUCAGGGCCAAGACUUCCCUGAGGGUUCGAUGAUGACCGUUUCCGGUUGGGGAUCAACAUCGGAAGGAGGAUCCGUGGUCAAUAUCCUUCAAAAGGUGGACGUCGCCGUCGUGAGUGACGCAGAUUGCGAUGAUUACUACAGCUCCUUCGGAGGCAUUGUUCCCGAAGCACACAUCUGCGCUGGCAACAUGCCACAAGGUGGCCAAGAUUCCUGCCAGGGUGACUCUGGAGGACCAAUGUUCGAAGCGGGAGGAGGCACCGUGUCCGGAAUCGUGUCGUGGGGGGUUGGCUGUGCUCGACCUGAAUUCCCUGGUGUCUACUCUCAACUCGCCACUUACAUGGCCUGGGUUGAGGAGAACCGACAGCGAUUUUAAAUAAGGGAUUCAAUAAAAUCCGAUGGGCAAUAUGCGCAUGUUUUAUUUAAAAUUUUCUGAGAUAGAUGGAUACGAGGCCU